AUGACGAGUACGGCGAUGCAGGCCGUCGCCUCGUCGUCGUCGUCGAGCACAUCGGCGAUCAACUAUGGCGCCAACAGCGGUGCCGCCGCGGCCGCAGCUGGCGGUUCUGCCCAGCCUUCCACGUCGACGCUCGUGGCAGAGUACCUCAAGUCGCCCGACGACCUCACAAAGAUACCGGCGCUACGCAAAAAGCUCCUCAAGGAGCAGUCGACGCUGGGGGCCAAGCUCAAGGCCGGCGCAAAGGAUCAGCUCGAGUCGGUGCGCAGCGGCCUGCUCAAGCUGCAGGCCACCCGCAAGGACGUGGCGGCGGUCAGGGAGGCUUUCGGCCAGGUCGAGCUGCUAUACAACGGCGGAAGCGGCUUCGGCAGCGGAGGCGGUCCGGACGAUGUCCAUUCCGGGGGCGGAUCGUCCGGGCAGGGCCCAGGCGGAGCCAACAAGAGCUUCAAGAUCAUCAGCGAGGUGUCGCAGAUCCACCGCAACUUUGUACAGACCGAGACGACGCUGGCCAAGCUCGACUCGCUGCCCGGCAAGAUCGAGCUGCUGGCGGCCAUGCUGUCCGAGAGCCAAGAGGAUCCCAUGGGCCCCGCGCCCAACCUGCUGCCCCUCCACUUCCACCUCUCGGAGCUCGAAAGGUUCCGCAACGAGACGUUUCAGAUCGCCAGGAGCUGCUCGGCCGACGUGCGCAGCACCGUGGCCGAGUUCUUUGCGCCGCUCGACGGCCUCGUCUCGUCGUUUGAGCGCUACCUGCUCGACCUCGGCGAGCGGACGCUGGACCUGGUCCGCGAGGGGCGCGGCGGCGUCGUCGUCAAGCUCAUCAAGAUUGUCGAAAAGGAGAGCCGCGAGGACGAGAAGGCGGCCGCCAUCCGCCUGGCCAAGAAGGCCAACCUCGAGGGCGCCGCCCGCUUCCGCUCCGUCGUGGCCAACGCGCGCGUCAUCAAGCUCUACCGCCCCAAGGUCAUGGACGCCAUGGACCGGGCGACGGGCGAGCUGUUUGCCGAGUGCUGGUCGCGCUUCGGCGCCGACGGCGGCGGGCUCGAGUUCCUGCAGCACCUCGACUGGAUGUACGACGACCUGAGGAUGGUCAAGGACGAGGUGGUGCCGCUCUUCCCGCCCGACUACAACGUCUUCCGCGCGUUUGUCAAGAGCUACCACAAGCACCUCGGCGCGCUGCUGCGCGAAAAGAUCCUGGCCACGGACCCCGAGGCGAGCGCGUUGCUCGAGCUCUACCAGUUCACGCAGGACUAUAUCAAGACGCUGACAAAGGAGCUCGGGGCGGACAAGGCGUGGCUGGAGCCGACGCUGCUGGCGGGAAAGGAGCAGGGCAUCAUCGACGACUACCUGGGCCUCAUCACCAAGAAGAUCGACGAGUGGACGUCGAACCUGAUGUCGGACGAGGUGCGCGAGUUCGUCUCGAGACAGAAUCCGCCCGACGAAGACAACGAGGGGCUGUACGGGCUGCAGGGGGCGGCGAUCCUGUUCCAGAUGGUCAACCAGCAGAUCGACCUUGCGGCCGAGUCUGGUCAGGCGAGCGUGCUGGCCAAGGUGGUGGACCACGCCGCCAAGGCGAUGCACUCGACGCAGUCGACGUGGCUGCGCGUGCUCGAGGCCGAGUUCCGCAAGCAGCGCGAGGCCAAGCACCCGGACGACGUGACGGGCGGGCUGGUCGAGUACGUGAUCGCGCUGGCCAACGACGAGCUCAAGUCGGCCGACUAUGCCGAGGCGCUGAUUGCGCGGCUGGAGCCCAUGGUCAGCACCAAGUACAAGGCGGGCAUGCGCGAGGCCGUCGACAACGCGCUCAACGGCUUCCUCGACGUGAGCAAGCGGUGCACGCAGGUGCUCGUCGACCUCGUCUUUUCCGACCUCAAGCCGGCGCUCAAGGACCUGUUUGCCUUUCCCGCGUGGUACUCGGAGGGCACGACGACGACCGUCGUCGAGACGAUCCGCGACUACACGUCCGACUACCACGACCGCCUCAACCCGAACCUCUUUGACGUGCUGUGCGACGACCUCAUCGACCGCUUCCUCAUCUCGUACAUCGGCGCGCUGCGGCGGGUGGGCAGCGGCAAGCUCAAGAUGCCCGCGGCCGCCGAGCGCAUCAAGGCCGACUACGACGACGCCAUCGCCAUGUUUGCCAGCUUCAAGAAGGAGGACGAGGUGCGCGAAAAGUUCGAGGUGCUGCAGAUGAUCACGUCGCUGGUGACAUCGUCGUCGACGAUGGUCUUCCUGCCGUACUGGACGUUUGCCAAGGCGCACGGUGCGCAGCUGGGCUUCCUCGAGGCGCUGGUCAAGGCGCGCGACGACCUGAAAAAGGACGACGUGAGCGCCAUCAUGGAGUCGGCGCGGCGCAAGGUCAAGACCGAAGGGCUGCAGGACCUGGUGCCCGAGGAUGGCGUGCCCACCGUCAUGAGCCGCGUCGCGCAGAGCUACGGCGGCGGCGGAUUCGGCAGCAACCUGCUUGCCAACCUCGGCGUCUCUCGGGGUGACGGGUAG